AUGACGACGAACAUUGCAGAGUGCUUGAAUGCUAUACUACGAGAUGCUCGAAGUUUGCCGAUUACAAUGCUAGUUGAACAAUUGCGUGCCAAACUACAGGAAUGGUUCAGUGAUCGUCGUAAUAACGCAGCAUCUGUCACGUCUUACCUAUGUUGUGAGUGUGACAAGGAAGUUAGAAAGAGAAGCAAUAGGUCACAGCGACUAAAUGUUCAACCGAUAAGCCAUAGUGAGGACUAUGUACGAGAUGGUGAUCAAGAUGGACAUGUCGAUUUGCAAAACAAGACCUGUUCAUGCCGGGUGUUUGAUCUUGACCAACUUCCAUGUGUACACGCAUUGGCUGCAUGUCGAGUUCGGAACAUAUCUUUUUAUUUCAUGUGUUCUCCGUACUAUACGAAUGAGGCCCUAAUGUUAGCUUACGCUGAACCUAUAUACCCAGUAACUAUUGAGGAUCAACACAAAGUUAGCGAGGACAACGUAUUGCUCCCGCCGGCGACUAGACGUCAAGGGGGGAGGCCAAGGCAAUGA